AUGUCGUCCCAGCCUGGUUCAGGGUCCACACCGCAGGGCUUCGCCACCAAUACUCUGGCGACGCAACAGUUUCUGGAGCAGCGUGCUACAUAUCAAACCGCGGAGUACAAGGCGGUUCAGGGCGCUUUUUUCGGCCCGCCGCGGGUCAAGCGUACUGCACCCACUCCGGUGCAAAGCGGCUUGACCACACCGCAGGAAGACUCCGUGGCAGAUGAGGUUAUGAGGGAGGCUGAGGAGCACGCAGAGCCACCGGAAGAGCGUAAUUUGCUUACGCCUUUUUCUCUGCAGGACCAGGCCGCCUUGGAAGUUAGCUCAGGAAGCUUGGGAGCCAACAUCAACGACCAAAACGCCGUCCAGGCCUGGGGCCAAAGGCAGCCAACCAACACUGCCGAGAUCUUCAGCAUGGUUCGAGCAUACCAUGAAAAAGUGAUCCGGCCAGAGUACUACUCUUUGGUUUGCCAGCUGGAAGCGGGCCUGAAAGCCGUUGAUGAUCGCUGCUUUCAGGUCAAAAAGGAGGUCGCAUGGAUGGCUUCGGAGAACAGGCUUUUGCAGAAACAUGCCUGUGGUAUCCAGCUCUUGACCACAGGCUGGCCGAAUGCUCUGAAGCCUGCAGAAAGAGUGUACAUGAUUUCGUGGAUGGUUUCGCAAGUUCCUGCCUUGGUGAACUUUUUGAAGCUGAGGGGCUAUGUCUCCGACCACAACGCCUCGGAGCUGGAAAGGCACAUGAACGUUUUCGCCCAAGAGCCGACCACAGUGCCUCAGUCGGAGGGGUUCUAUUCCAGCAUGACCCUUCUCAGCUUUAAAAGUUGGGAUACGCGGUCUGCUUUUUUGAACCACUACGGUGGAAGCUCCGGGGUGCCAGUCUAUAAGGACGAGAGCACCCCCAUUCACAACAAGCAUCUGAAGGUGGCACCUUGCAGUCCGCAGUGGCAGCGCAAGCUAGAGGCGCCGUUGCGUGUAAUUUUAAAUUGUGUGAACAAGCACCCGGAACACAACGCCUCCUCCCGUCUCACCAUUUUGUGGAAGACCCUCACGCUUCUGGCUCCUCAGCAAGACGCUGAAUUUCACGAGGACCAGACCGCCUGGGCAAGGCUUCACUAUGGCCAGGAGGCAGGCGAGUUUGUUUGCAGGCUUGAGGUUGUUCCGGCACUUCUCGCAAUUUUGAAUGGCCCACCUUCGGAAGCCGAUUCCAAGACCACAUCGCUUUGGGAAGAGCAGUGGUACCAAACGAUGUGGGGGAAUCAUGCUGAGCUUGAUCGAAUGGAUGCCGAAGCCUUUUGGAGUGCCAAAAAGGAUGCAGUCCUUUCUGGCAAGGGCCUUCAGAAAGGAAAGGGCAAAAGGCACUGGUCUUCGGCUGCUGUGCAUACCAGUGCUUACUCUCCUUAUCCAUUCGAUCUCCAUUUUCAAGUUGUGGAAGCGGUCUAUUUUUCAUGGGAUGAGUUCUGUGAUAAGUACAGAAAGGAAGACCGCAAGGUGGGUGACUACGAAGUUGCCACUGUACAGGGCCGCCCACCAGUGGGGAUAGGAGCUGAGCUCCGGUCCGACCACACCGCCACGGACUUAGCAAGUUUCGGCGCCACGCCAGCGGCUUCCACAGCCACACCGGCGCACGCUCCAGCCCCGACCACGCCGCCGACAAAGGGUGGGAAGGGCAAGGGAUCCGGAAGUUUUGGUUCCCGAAUUUUCGUGGCCCCGCUCGGCCCACAACGCCUUUGCCUGCAGGCUUUUGGGUUGGGCUUUCCCGACAAGGAGCUUGCAGCACCUUUUGAAAUUUUUGAGUGCUCGCCCUUGUCCUGCAAUCGGGCUUCGUGGUACUUUGGGAAAAUCCCGGAGGACCACACCGUCUCGAUUACAACGCCCUAG